CUUAGCUCCUCCUCCACUUCCCGUGCGUGGAGCCACGAAAACAACACUGUGGUUUUGAUUAGGGGAGCACGGGCAGGUCGCCCCACUUUUAGUUUACAUCCUCGACGCAUUUAUAUCGACACAAUACCGAAAAUCAAGUAUUAUGGCCAAUGAGGACACAACGGCAACCUCUGGAGCCAAGCUUCAUCGUCUCUUUGAUCUCGAGAGUGCUGGGGUGGUGACCAUCUUGUUGGGCCUUUUUCAAUUGCUGUUGUCGGCUGCAGUUUAUUACACUGACCAGAUUCUGGCCAACUUCUUCAUGCUGCCCGUUGUCAUGGGCAUUAUAAUCGUGACAGGAGGAUCCUUUACUAUUGCCAAUGAGAAGAAUCCAAGCAGAACCCUGCUGCGUGGAAGUGCCUACAGUAAUGUCAUUGGUGUGUUGGGGUCUCUGCUCGCCUUUUGCCUGUACUGCUACACGCUUAAAACACCGAUGAAGACCAUCACUGAAGACCAGUGCUUAUAUCCUAGACCCUACCUAUUCAUUCCCGCCUACUGUCCUGCAAAGAUGCUAGCAGGUUAUUCCUGGAGUCUGAAGCUUCUUUUGCUGCUUUAUGAUGCUGGAGCCUUGAUCUUACACAGCCUGCUGUCCGUGUCCGCCGUGGUCAUGCUUAAAAAAAACGCACAAUAGUCCAGUUUGCAGAAAAGUGGAAUAAAUAACCUAAAAAAAUG